GUGCCUUUAGAGCUGUUCUUCUAAGAGAAGGUUUGUAUUGAAGUUUAGGAUCAUGUUUGGUACUGAGAAGAGGCUUAUUCUAGGGAUUAAGGAUGAGGGUAGCUGCUCAGUGGGAGCUGCUGCCCCUGCCAGAGAUAUGCUUCUACCUGGACAAUUUGAUUUACGGUCUGAAUGCCUCUAACUUCAGAGAUUUUAAUCGUAGUCACAAAUCAGGUCUCUACAGCUAGUAGGCAGACUACUACAAUUUCAGCUGCAAUAUUUGAUGGAUAAAUCCCUUAUCCCAUCUGCUUGCUUAAUCCAGGAUUCUGAAAUGCAUUUGCAGAUCAGAAAAGGUCACCCAUCCUGCUGUCUGGGCAGAGAGACUUGGCAGCCUGCCCUGUAGCCCUGCCGAAGAGGAUAGCGAGCCACAGCCUGGAUCUCUCCUGCUGCAAUAUAAGCAUCGACAAGACUGGUGGCUGUCAGCAUACUGCAUCAGCAAAAGUUCACAGAAAAAUGGUGGUUGGUAUAGAGUCACAUCAGCCUCAGCAGAACCUGUGUGGAGCCAGCUGUGGGCCAGCGGUGAUUACCAGGGCUGCACGACCUUGCACAAGUUACACGUGGGCUCUAGACAGAGACCUGAACAACAAACAAAUGUCCUGGUAUGCUAUGGGUGAGAGGAGCUCAGCAGCCAGUUAAUGUUGUUGCAGUGGAGACCUGGCAGAAGUUGUCGUACCUUAUAGGUGACAUCUUCCCAUGGCAGGCUCAGGUCUUCUCUCUUUGUCUCCUUGAAUCUUCCCAAGAGAUCCAGCCUGGCCACACCGGUUUUGUGCUAACUGAUGCCUAGAAAAAUACAGAAGCAGUAAAUAGGACAGAUUGAUGUGUGUUGAGCAGUUCACAGCUGCACCAAAACUCUCGGCUGAACAGUGGGGCUUCAGCAUUCAAACAGCCCAAGAGAAUCGACCUCCUGAGUCUCAAAGCAUCCACCUUCUUCCUCAGUUGAAGAGUCUAAGCAUGUUUCAGCGGUUCUGCACUCCCGGCACACAAAACCAUCUGCAGCAGCCCCAGUCAGAAACAGGCUCUCAUAGGCUGGCUCUGGAGCAGGAAGUUUCUCGCAGCACGACCAGCCGCCCUUCCAGCAAAUCACAGGUGUUCUCCACAUGGCGUGAGCAGGCUUUUUGCUGGGAACAGGGUGUGUGCAGGCUGAAAAGCACUGAGGAGGAACCGAGGCCCUGGCUGAUCCAGGAGGGUGCCCAGAGCAGCUCUGCAAGCGAGCUGCAUUUCUUACAGCUCAUGUCUCAGAGUGGACCAGCAGAGGUGACUGGGCAUAUAAGAAUAACACUGGACAGAAGGCUGGUACAGCAUCAAAGAUCAUCUGCACUGGGUGGACAUGCACAGGCCUCUGCUGUCCAGGAGAGCAGCAUCAGCCCAGCACCAGAUGAGCACGUCUUCACUGCUUGGAUGGAGACUGGACCAACCCCUGAUAUGUGGAAAAGGUCCUCUCCUGAGGUGUGUUCUUGAAGAAGUAUGUGAGAGCAGAAAAGAGUUAAAAUAGCAUUGUCAUCCCCUGAAUAGAACAUACCUAGGCAAGUGAAACACAGCUGUGACAUUCACCUGCAACACAACCGAGAGCAUCAGUAAAGCCAAGAGGACAGAGCAUUGCAGCAGCUCUUGCAUUUAUCAAGCAUGGUAAUAACAAUGAUGAACACCACUCUUUUCCUGAGAACAGAGAUAGGGAUGGGGACAAUAAAUAACCUGCAGAAUGCCAAGCAGGGGCUUAACAUUUUCUACAGCCAUUUCUGCUGA